UCAGGAAGGAUUUGCUUGAAGUGAAACAUCCAUUAAAGGUCUCUUCUCCAUCAUCCAGUCCAGCGUCAUACAGAAAGAGAUGACGAAGUCCCUGCGGAGGUGUGGGUGGGGGGAAAAGAGGGGCGAGGGGAGAUAAAGAGAAAGAGAGAUGGAGAAAGAAAGAGAGAGAGACAGAGCCAGAUCUCAGACCUUAUUUCAGAAGUUACCAAAGACUCCACACUCUGAGACGGAAGGUUAAGAACAGCAGAGAAGUCAAAUCGUCUCCUCGGGGCCAUAGAAAAUCCACUGGGAGCUCCGCAGGACAGAAGAAAGAUCAAUAGGGAGAUUUAGAAGACUGAAAAAAGAUAGUUGGUGCUCUUAGUGUUUUGUGGUGUUUGUCCCGCUGCUGCUGCUGCUAUGAGCAGGGUGUUGAUACUGUCCGUGCUCCUGCUGUCCCUGAGCUGGUGCAGAUGUGCCGUCAUCACAGGGGCGUGUGACAGGGAUGUGCAGUGUGGCGUGGGUCUGUGCUGUGCAGUGAGUCUGUGGCUUCGAGGCCUGCGUAUGUGCACACCACAGGGGCUGGAAGGAGACGAAUGCCACCCGUACAGCCACAAGUUUCCUUUCCCCGGGAAGAGACAACACCACACCUGCCCCUGCCUGCCACAUCUGGUCUGCACCAGCUACAGCGACAACAGAUAUCGCUGCAACAGCGACUUUAAAAACAUAGACUUUUAACACUGGAAGGAGUUCAAGAAAAGAGGAAUGGAGGAGGGGGAUACUUGAAAGCAGGAUAGCACAAGAAGAUUAAUAACAAGUGCCAUAGCACCUUUUUGCUCAUUUUUAUUUUUCACUCUCAUGCACUUUGCAGUACAGAAAUGCAGACAUACAUUAUUCACAGUGGCACAAGGUCUACCUUUAGAAUCACUGGUUUACCUUGGCAUCCACUACACUUGAUAGUAAAAGCAAAGUUAGUCUCAUCACCAGAUUGA